AUGGGAAACCAACGACAUCAUUAUAACGAUUACGAAGAUGUGAGAAUGCUCAAAUGGGUUGCCAGAAAUGACAAGAGCCUUGGACCGUUUGGAAUAAUCACGUGGCAACUGUACGUUGAAGCCUACAAUUGUCCGUAUUCAGUGCAAUCACUGUGUGGACGAAUGCGACGUCAAAUUGUCCCGAAUAUCGAUUAUUACUCUCGACAUUUGAAAUCUUCGGAUUUAAUUUCACUUGAGAGACGUUUUGGGUCAAGACUCGGUGCUGAGACUCGAAAAUACAUUCGAAAUUUGGCAGUAAAAACCGUGAAAAUCGUGCAAGUAGUUGCAAGCCGCCCGGUGGAGAAAAAUUCUGAAAUUGAGGUGCAAAAGGUCGCAAGCUUGGAGCUUCAAGCGGCUCCGACGGCUCCGACGACCAGCGCAGCACAAUUGGGCAAAACAAAAAGUCCUGGAGCAAGAACUCAACGGAUCGAAAGAAAUGAUGAGUUAUCCCGUGAUGUGUUCGAAAGUUCUUGUGCUUCGACAAUUGUGGAGCCAGAGCCUCCACAAGAAGAGCCUCCACAGAGAUCACACAAUUGGAAGACGGAAAUGCGAAAAAUAGCCGGCCAAGCAGCUCAAGCAAUUAACGAUUUGAUCCGACAGACUGUUGAAAAUAAUGAUUUCAAUAAGAAAAUGUUCGCUGAACUCGAGAACCAACAAAAUCUAGACCACCUGUACGGAAAAAUGUUCGACGAUCCAAAUAAAGCCGAUUGGAUAAUGAUUGAUGUCAAAAAGUUCACUGAAAACCACCUUCGCAUGCAAUAUUUCCGUAAAAUACGCGAAGAGCUACACAAAAGAUUCACCAAUCAGCAUAUCAUUCGUGCCGUUUUUUGCUUUUUCCAAUUUUUUGAGUAUUAUGUGACAGUUUGUGUUGAUGAGUCCACCGACAACUACAUUCUGCUAAUGAACAAAGUUUUGGAAAUGUCCAUCAAAUUGUUGCCACUUUAUAUUGUUCAUUGUUGAUCAUGCUCGCCCCUCCAAUGUUAAGAAUUAUUUAUUGAAAUCAUCCCGUUUUAUUUACAAUAAAAUUAUGCGAUA